ACAUGACCAAGUUCAUCAUGAGCAACUCAAGUCUUCACCUUCUCAAGCUUCAAAGCUUUCUCUGCUUUCCAAAUCCAGGUCCUUUGAAUUCCUUCUCUUCUUCUUUUGUCAUUUGAGAAUAUAUAAGACCAUGGGUUUCCGGUUGCCUGCAAUUGUUAAUGCAAAGAGAAGUCUCAUUCGAUCUCUAUCUAGUUCAAGCCAGACAGCAGAUUCAAAGACUUUAGAUAUCCCAAAAGGCUACUUUGCAGUCUAUGUUGGAGAGAGCCAGAAGAAGCGGUUUGUGAUUCCGAUAUCAUAUUUGAAUGAGCCUUUAUUCCUGGAUUUGUUGAGUCAAGCUGAAGAAGAAUUCGGAUAUGAUCAUCCUAUGGGAGGUAUCACAAUCCCCUGCAGUGAAAACACCUUCCUUGAUCUCACUUCCCGCUUAAGUGUGUGAGUGAACGCGAAUCGGUCAUCCAUUCUAUCCGAACCAUCCUCAUUUCAGAGUUCACUGAGCCAAGAUGAAAGAAUUUGGAUAUGAUCAUAUCCAAAGCAUCCUCAUUUCAGAACUCACUGAGUUGGGAUGAAGAAGAGGCUACCACUGAUCAUCCAUGGAAUCAACUCACAUCUUGUGGUGAAAGCAAACCUUCUCAAAUCCUGAAGCUGCUUCUGGGCUGAGCAGAAACAUAGAAAUUUAUGACGCAGACAAGUGAUGAUAUCAUGAACUCCCUAGAACCAUUGGUCCAAAUAUCAUCCCCCCACCCAAAGGCAGUCAAAUUCUGUCUUUCAAACCUACGUAAACUUCUUUGUUGUUCUCCAGGAGCAAUAUACAAUCUAUUUGAAAUCCUCA